CCCAACCUCCUCCGCUAUUAGCCUUUCCGCACCCGCCGCUUGGUCGCCGUCGAGUUCCAGCCCCCAAAUCAGCCGAGGAGAAAAGCGAAGGGAGGAGGAAGGAAGUCGCCGAGAAGAGGAGAGAUGGCCCGUACGAAGCAGACCGCCCGCAAGUCCACCGGAGGGAAGGCCCCCCGCAAGCAGCUCGCCACCAAGGCGGCGAGGAAGUCUGCGCCGACGACCGGCGGCGUGAAGAAGCCCCACCGCUACAGGCCUGGUACGGUGGCGCUCCGGGAGAUCCGCAAGUACCAGAAGAGCACGGAGCUCCUGAUCCGCAAGCUCCCGUUCCAGCGCCUGGUCCGCGAGAUCGCGCAGGACUUCAAGACGGACCUCCGGUUCCAGAGCCACGCGGUCCUGGCGCUCCAGGAGGCGGCCGAGGCCUACCUCGUCGGUCUCUUCGAGGACACCAACCUCUGCGCCAUCCACGCCAAGCGCGUCACCAUCAUGCCCAAGGACAUCCAGCUCGCCCGCCGCAUCCGCGGCGAGCGCGCGUAAGCGGCCGCCCCCGCCGCCGUUUCCAGCAGUCAGGAGGGAGGGGAGGAGGUCAAGAUGGAAUCGGCUUGUUGAUCUCCUCCUGAAGCGUCUAGCAGAUCUGAAUUAGCAGUAUUAGCUGUCGGUUUCUCGAUUUGGUUGGUUAGUGUAAAAACAGGUUUACAAGUCUAUUUCGUGCUCUGCUGUUAUUUUGGCUUCGCUUCGAGAUGUGGAGCUAAGCUUGUUAAAGACCUAAUCCGUGCUGUUACUAGAAGUGAAAUUACACUGUUUUUAAUCGUUC